AUGGCGGCGGCGGCGGGGAGCCGGGCGGCGUUCGCGGACAGAGACAGCGGCGGCUCCUGCGGGACUCGUGGCAGAGCGGGAGGAGGAGGCGGAGGCGCCGGUGGAGGUGGAGGUGGUGCAGGAGGCGGCGGCUCGGAGGCGCGGGAGGAGCCGGGCUCGGCACAGCGGCAGUUGGCCUCCUACAGGAAGCACCUCCGCAAGGUGAAGAGCGUCGACUUCGACUCCUCGGUGGAGAAGCAGCCGGAGCCGAGCGCGGGGGAGCACUGCCCCGAGCCGCCGGCCCUCGGCGCCGACCUGCACCCGCUGCACCCCGGGCACGACAGCCGCCACACGGCAGCGCACGGAGGCUCGGCCGGCGCCAUCCUCAUGGACCUGACCAGCCCCCUCAGUCGUGAUAUGGAAAAUAAAGAGACGCUCAGAGGCUUGCCAAAAAUGGAUGACCGCCCCGAAGAGCGCAUGAUCAGGGAAAAGCUCAAGGCAACGUGCAUGCCAGCCUGGAAACAUGAGUGGCUGGAGAGGAGGAACAGGAGAGGACCUGUGGUAGUGAAGCCAAUUCCAGUGAAAGCAGACGGUUCAGCGGCUGAUUCUCAAAACUUUACCACUUCCCCACAAAUGCAGAGAGGGAGACGCAGCCCCUCUCCAAGCAGCUCAUCUACUUCCAUGACCUCCUCCUCCUCUUCCUCAAAAAAUACUGCAAAAUCAGAAUCGCCGGGUGUGAGAAGGAAGAGGGUAUCCCCUGUUCCUUUUCAGAGUGGGCGUGUCACCCCACCCAGGAGAGCUCCUUCACCUGACGGCUUCUCACCGUACAGCCCUGAAGAGACAAAUCGCAGGGUCAAUAAAGUAAUGCGAGCACGACUGUACCUGUUGCAGCAAAUUGGGCCAAACUCUUUUCUUAUUGGAGGCGAUGCCCCUGAUAACAAAUACAGAGUAUUCAUUGGUCCUCAGACCUGCAGUUGUGGACGGGGAACAUUCUGCAUUCAUGUCCUAUUUGUUAUGCUUCGAGUCUUCCAGUUAGAGCCAUCAGACUCAUUGUUAUGGAGGAAGACGUUAAAAAACUUUGAGGUGGAGAGUCUGUUUCAGAAAUACCACAACCGGCGCAGUUCACGUAUCAAGGCUCCAUCACGGAACACGAUACAAAAGUUUGUUUCCCGCAUGUCUAAUUCACAUGUGUCUGCUUCGUUGAGUACCUCGACGACUAGUACAGAACAUAGCUUAAAGGAUGAAGAAGAACAGAUGUGCCCCAUCUGUCUGUUGGAUAUGCUUGAUGAGGAGAGCCUGACUGUGUGUGAAGAAGGGUGUAGGAAUAAGCUCCACCAUCACUGCAUGUCAAUUUGGGCUGAGGAAUGCAGAAGAAACCGGGAGAUGCUAAUCUGCCCUCUCUGUAGAUCCAAAUGGAAAUCUCAUGAACUGCACAGCUAUGAAUCACAAAGUUCACCGACUGUCCAGAGCCAACCGCUCCCGGUAGAGGCACAGAGACCACAGCAGGACAAUGACAUUAACCUGCCUCAUUAUGGGGUUCAACAAAUCCCACCAGCAUAUAAGGAGCUGGCAGAACCCUGGAUUCAGAUAUUUGGAAUGGAACUGGUUAGCUGUCUCUUUUCUCGGAACUGGAACGUACGAGAAAUGGCUUUGAGGCGUCUUUCCCACGAUGUUAGUGGAGCCUUGCUGUUGGCCAAUGGUGAAAUCCGUACUGGAAGUUCCUCGUGUAGCAGUGGAAGCAGCAAUGGAUGUAGUAGUUUGACGGGAGCCAGUGGAUCAUCUCAGACCGACAUCUCAGGAGAUGUAGUAGUGGAGUCAUGCUGCAGUGUACUUUCCAUGGUCUGUGCUGACCCAGUAUACAAAGUGUAUGUCGCAGCUUUGAAAACGUUAAGAGCCAUGCUGGUCUAUACGCCUUGUCAUGCAGUAGCAGAAAGAGCUCGACUUCAGCGACUUCUCAGGCCAGUGGUGGAAACCAUAUUGGUCAAAUGUGCAGAUGCGAACAGCCGUACAAGUCAGCUCUCUGUGUCCACACUGCUGGAACUGUGCAAAGGCCAAUCUGGAGAACUUGCUGUGGGCAGAGAGAUUCUCAAAUCAGGGUCUAUUGGAGUUGGAGGUGUUGACUAUGUCUUAAGCUGUAUUCUGGGCACUUCAACAGAGUCUAUGAAUUGGCAGGCUUUGCUUGGGCGUCUGUGUCUUAUUGACAGAUUGUUACUGGAAUUUCCUGCUGAGUUCUACCCUCACAUUGUUUCUGGUAGUGAAGGUCCAAUUCCACAAGCAGACCUUGUGGUAGAAAGGUAUAAGAAGCUACUGUCUCUCUUGAACUUUGCACUGCAGUCCAUUGACAAUUCCCAUUCAAUGGUUGGAAAAAUGUCUCGCCGAGUGUUUCUCAGUGCUGCACGAAUGGUUACAAGAGUGCCUCAUGUUUUUAUGAAACUGAUUGAUAUGUUGAGUGUAACCAGCUCAACUCAUUACACACGGAUGCGGCGUCGCCUGAUGGCUAUCGCAGAGGAAAUGGACAUCCUUGAGAUUAUUCAGCUGGGGAUGGAUGACAUGUAUGCCACUGAAGGCAGACAUGAUGAAUUUGUAGAGCCCUCAGCACCACAUAACUCACCAAAUGUUACAGAAAACAACUCAUUAGUCAAUGCAUUGCAGUUAUCGGGAAUAGCAGUAAAAGGGCUUAGUCCAGACCGUGACACCAGAGGUGGUGUUCGCCAAGAAGAUGUGGGAGAGAGGCGAGGAAGUAUUUCUUCAGCAAGACUUCCAGCCACACCAGUGUCCUCUGAGCAACCAAAGACAGCCAUCCAGACACGCCCCCGACCACUGAGUCAGUGUGUCAAUCACUCUUCAUCAGCAUCAUCAUUAAAUCAUUCCCAACCUUCAUUCCCAUCAUUGCCUUCCCCUUCUUCAAGCCAUUCAGCUGGAUCCACAGCUACUGAUGGUUCCAAAUUGAGACCUCAGAGUUUUGUUCCUAGCAAGCUUGCAUCCUCGUCCCCAAAAACACAACGUAAGUUUUCUCUUCAGAUUCAAAAGAACUGCUGUAUAGAGGCCUCUGGGGGCAAAGAACCUGAAAAGCUCUCUCCGGUUUUUACCCAAGCACGGCCCUCUCCAUCCAGCCAACUUCACAGACCAAAAGCAACUCGGCCAUGCCAGCAUGAAGCAGGGAAGUCACCAGUUGAUUUAACCAGAGGCACUAUGAUGCUUGAUCUGAAAGAGCUAACACUUGGUGACCACUGCAGUAACAAUGCAGUUAUUCCAAGUGAUGAUACUGCAUUCACUCCGGUAGAGGAUAUCUUUCGUCUGGAUACUUCUGCAGAGCUGAAUUCCAGUAUGGAGGACCUGCUGGAACCUUCGACACCGACGUGUGAUAGUACAGUGACGUUUAAAUCUGAAGUUGCUGUACUGUCUCCAGAGCAAGCAGGAACUGACAGUACCUACAAGGAUGAUGUUAAUCAGAACCAGAAAUGCAAGGAAAAACUGGAAGCAGAGGAGGAAGAAGCAUUAGCUAUUGUCUUAGCUAUGUCAGCAUCUCAGGACGCUUUGCCAGCUAUUCUUCAACUGCAGGUUCAAAAUGGAGAAGAUGUCAUUCUCAUUCAGUUAGAUACACCAGAAACUCUACCUGGACAUACCAAAGCAAAACUCCCUUACAGAGAGGGGGUAGAAUGGUUCAAAGGUCAACAGAUCGGCCUUGGGGCCUUCUCUUCAUGUUACCAGGCACAAGAUGUAGGAACGGGAACAUUAAUGGCUGUUAAACAGGUGACUUAUAUCAGGAACACGUCAUCUGAGCAAGAGGAAGUUGUGCAGACGCUGCGGGAAGAAAUCCGGAUGAUGAGCCAUCUUAAUCACCCAAAUAUCAUUCGGAUGCUGGGCGCCACCUGCGAGAAGAGCAACUAUAACUUGUUUGUUGAAUGGAUGGCAGGUGGAUCAGUUUCUCAUUUGCUGAACAAGUACGGAGCUUUCAAGGAACCAGUUGUUGUUAAUUAUAUUGAGCAGCUGUUGCGUGGCCUGGCUUAUCUCCAUGAGAACCAAAUCAUCCACCGGGACAUCAAAGGUGCCAAUUUGCUAAUUGACAGCACGGGGCAGAGACUAAGAAUAGCAGACUUUGGAGCUGCUGCCAGGUUGGCAUCAAAAGGCACUGGUGCGGGCGAGUUUCAGGGGCAGUUGCUGGGAACCAUUGCAUUUAUGGCACCGGAGGUGUUACGCGGCCAACAGUACGGCAGAAGUUGUGACGUAUGGAGUGUUGGCUGUGUGGUUAUAGAGAUGGCCUGCGCUAAGCCUCCUUGGAAUGCAGAGAAGCACUCCAAUCAUCUUGCUCUAAUAUUUAAGAUUGCCAGUGCUACCAGCGCCCCAAUAAUUCCAAUCCAUUUAUCACCUGGACUGCGGGAUGUAGCUCUCCGAUGCCUGGAACUCCAGCCCCAGGAUAGGCCUCCAUCGCGAGAACUUCUGAAACACCCAGUCUUCCGAACAACAUGGUAACGGGUACCCAUGGCAAAUGAAAGCUGUGCUGAAGAAACUACUGAAAAAAUCAAAAUGCCUGAAGAUGUGUCGUGGUGCACUGUAGAACUGUGUAAAUGACUGGCCUUACAUAAAGCAACAAAGGCCAAAAUGAUCCUGUGUCUCAACGUAUGACUGCCACACAUGGAUUUGUACCUUAUAACAGUAUGCAAAUAUGGUGUUCUUACUUGCUAGUUGUGCCUUCUUAUUGACCAGACUCGUCCUCAGCAGUGAGGUGUAGGUUUGGGCUUGUCUGUCAGAUAGAAGCUGUGGGGCAAUUAAGUGAGAACAUUCUUCUGUUAGAGCACUUUUUCAGCAAAUCCUCGCAGCUGAGAUGCUCCACAAGGUUUUGUUGUUUUAUAUAUCUGUUAAAUUGCCACUGGAUGUGGCUUAUGGUUCAUGCAUUUCUAAAGUAAAACUGAGGGUAUGUCCUGUUGAAAUCACCAGACUCUCCUAUCUGUUAAACCUGUUAGCAAAAUGAUUCUGUAAAACUUUUUUUCUGGUUUUAGAACCCAAACUUUUUAAUAUUCAUGGACGCCAACUUAUGUAAUUAUCAAGUUAUUUUGUUGGGGAAGGCAGUGAACCAGAAAGUAGUCUUCAAAGUUAAUUGGGCAAUUUAGGCCGCUGUAUCUUGUCCAUUUUUCUGCAGAUCAUUUUGGCUGCUGUUGUAAUUGAAAGGAAAUUCUGUGGUGUUCAUUUCUCGCUUACUUUGUUUAAUUUUCAGGGAAGGGUUAAGUUUGAAACUUGUUUUCAAAACGUGUAUUUGUAAAAAAAUAAAUAAAAUAAAUUGCCAUAAUUUAGCUGUUUUGAGUUAAGUUCCUGAAAAAAUACUGUUUGCAAGCUUUUACAGUUUAUUGAACAUGUGUCCUAGCUCAUGUAAAGCACGUAAUAGAUUACCUUUACAUGUCUAAAGUGAUCACUGCCCUUUCUACAGAACAUUUCAAUAGCAACUGCUGUAUAGUCUCUUAGUUCAGAUGAUGAAUGUUAAGCAGGAGCUAUGCCAGAUGAAACCUGCUGCUGUCUUAUUUGCCCCCUGUCUUGAAGCCUUUUUAUUGAACUUUAAUACAAUAUUAUUUAUCUGUUGAACUUUUGUUUGCUGCUGUAAGAUUCUGAAAUCUUUGCAAAAAUGUCUUACUGUCGACCUUUUUUUAAGAAGUCUCUUAUUUACAUUCAAGGAUUGAUCUGCAGUUUUCCUUCAGGGAAAGGCUAGCUCCUUCUUAACUCCAUCCUGCUUUAGACUGGUCGUCUCCCUAUUCCAUUGCAGCUUUCAUUGCACUCUCUAAUAAUUUUAGUGUGACUGGACUGCCUUUUGGAUUAGUGAUCUUGAAUUUUAGUAGUCACUGACUGAUAUCUGCUUGCAAGUAGAAUAUGUAAUUUAAUGCAGUAAGCUGGGAAACCGUUCCUCGUUGUUGUUAGUGGGCUUGUAAUCAAAUUGUGUGGUGCUUUACUAGUUUAUGGCUAUUGUUUCCAUCACCUUAUUUUAUGAAGCAAAGAACGAGAGAAGACUUGGAACUUGUCCUGCACUAUUAAGUCGCAGGUCCUCUGCCAUGAAACCUUUUUUAAAAUUAUCUGCAGUCCUGUUUAUAGAAAUGUGGGCAAAUUUUUAAUUUCAUCAAAUGAGUUUUUCUUAUCAAAAGAAGUAUUGUCCAAAAGGCCACUAACGGACUGAAAAAUGUUACAUGAAAGGAUCAAAAGAGAUCACAUCAAAGGGCCUGCCUCUUAAAGUCAAAAUCCUGAUAGUUGACCUAUCCUUAUGCCAAAUCUAUGUUGAUAUACCUACAUUCAUUCUUCUAGUAUUGAAGAACAGGGUUUUUGCUUUGACUUUUCAGUUGAACCGAAUUAUUUUAGAUGUGUUUUGAGAAGUGAUCAGCUGUAAAAGCUUGCAUCUUUUAAACAUUUAAAUGUGGGGAUUUUAACUCUUUGAGCAAUACGUCUUACUGUUGUGAUAAAUUGUGAACCACUGUUAUCCAUUUUUAAGUGUGGCAUGUUUCAUAAAGGAUUUGAGUGUCAAAUUGAUAUAUAUGGGUAAUACAAAAAUUGAAAAUAGCUUUUAAAUAUUAAGGGGUUUGGGUCCCCAUGUUUCAUUUAAAAACUGAUUAAAAUGUGAAGCCCUGAAAACAUGUGCGUUAUAUUUAUAUAUAAAAAAGUAUCACAUUCCUAACUGGUUAAAAAAGGUGCUGUUAUUGCUGAAAGAGUUAAAAUAUGUAUAGAUAUGUUUGUAGCAGUGACUCCUUAAUUUAUUGACCACCUGGAAUCCUAUUUUUGCAGUGAUCCUUUCAAGUCAAUAAGUUUUUUUUUAAAAAAAUGUGUUCUUUUCUUGAGCUUUAAAUGAUGCACUCUUGCCAUUUUAUACUGGAAAUGUUUUUGUCAAAUUUUCACUGUGUCUGACAGAAGCAUUAAACUGAUGAACCUCGGCUAAUCAGUAUUACGUCAUAGAUCUCAGCAUCUAGCUUGUUUAAUAAGUUGAUGCUUUUUUUAUUACCAAGUUGCAUUUUAAUUGAGAUUGUUUGCAUUGCCCUCAGCUUGCUGUAAUUGUGAUUUUUUUUGUGUGUUUUUUUAUUUUUUGCCGACGUGAUGUAAUCUUAUCUCUUUGGAUCAGAGCUGGACUGAAAAUGUAAUAUGUAAUUAUUUGUGCUGGUCCUGUUAUGUUAUUUGGUACUUUCUUAAAUUGUAAAUAACGUCUACUGCUGUUUAUUCCAGUUUCUACUACCUCAGGUGUCCUAUAGUUUUUCUUCUACCAAAGUACACUUUCACAAUGAAACUAUAUUUGCUAUGUGACUGUAAUUUCUAAGACUUCCAGGGCUUAAGGGCUAACGUCUAUUAGCACCUUACUGUGCAAGCAAAUAUUUUUAAAAAAUAAAUCUCUGGGGUUGAAAAAAUUGGCUAAAUGUAUCCUUUGUAAUUUUAAAUAUAUCGAAAUAUUUUAAUUAUUAAGAUUUUUACCCCAUGUUUUGAAACAUUUUAUAGCAUAAUUUGGACCUAUUUUGGUGUUUUGUCUUUCUAGUAAAUAAAAUUUUUUUGGACAA